AUGGGAGAUCGACUUCACCACUAUCUUGGGGGUGGUAGGCCUGUCUACACCCUACUACUCUCACUAGCUCUAGCCCUGCUGACCCUGUUGUCUGAGGCCCAGGGCCGUAUGGAUAAAGCCAGGUCAGAGGAGGAAAGUAGAGCAGGGCUGUUGAGGAGGGUGAAAAGAGGCUGGGUAUGGAACCAGUUCUUUGUGCUGGAGGAGUACACUGGACUGGAGCCGCUAUACAUUGGAAAGCUCCACUCAGAUAUGGACCUAGGGGAUGGCUCAAUCAAGUACAUACUAUCAGGAGAUGGUGCUGGCACCACCUUCACCAUUGAUGACAGUACAGGAGACAUCCAUGCCAUCAAGAGGCUGGACCGCGAGGUCAAGGCCCAGUACCAGCUGCAAGCCCAGGCCUGGAACAGACAGACAGACCGACCCCUAGAGCCCAAAUCUGAGUUUAUUGUUAAGAUCCAGGACAUCAAUGAUAAUGAACCUAAGUUCCAGGAUGGGCCCUACCAAGCCACCAUACCUGAGAUGUCAACCAUCGGCACUGAGGUGAUUCGGCUGACCGCUACAGAUGCUGAUGACCCUACAUAUGGUAACAGUGCCAGAGUGGUCUACAGCAUUCUGCAAGGACAGCCAUACUUCUCUGUGGAGCCCAAGACUGGCGUGGUGCGUGUGUCUCUGGCGGGCAUGGACCGAGAGGUCAGAGAGAUCUACUCCAUCAUCAUCCAGGCCAAGGACAUGGGAGGCCAGCUAGGGGGUCUGGCUGGAACCACUGUCGUCAACAUCACCCUCAGCGACGUCAACGAUAACCCACCCAUGUUUGAUCAGAAGCUGUAUCAGAUGAGUGUUCUGGAGUCGGCUCCCGUGGGGUCUGUUGUGGGUUGUAUCCGGGCGAAGGAUCGUGACAUUGGCAUCAAUGCAGAGAUGAGGUAUAGCAUCAUUGACGGAGACGGGAGGGACACCUUCGACAUCAGCACAGACCCCACCAAUCUGUUUGGCAUCAUCACCAUCAAAAAGCCUCUGAACUUUGAGAGCAAAGCAAGCUACACUCUGAAGAUAGAAGGAGUCAACACACACCUGGACCACCGUUUUCUGGACAAGGGCCCGUUCAGCCAUGUUACCAUUGUUCACGUCAGCGUAGAGGAUAUAGACGAGCCCCCAGAGUUUAGCUCUGCUGCGUACUACAUAGAGGUCUCUGAAGAAGCAGAGAUCGGCACAGUGUUCAAGACGGUCUCUGCCAGAGACCCUGAUGCUUCCAAUAACUCCAUCAGGUAUUCCAUAGAGAUGACCACCGACCUGGGGAAAUAUUUCUACAUUGACAUCACUUCCGGGGCGUUGAUGACGGUGCUAUCGCUGGACAGAGAAGAGUUAUCCUGGCAUAACAUCACCGUCCUGGCAAUGGAGAUGAGUAAUCCCAGUAUGAUCGGGAGUGUGUCUGUAGCUGUGAAGAUUCUGGACGUGAAUGAUAACCCUCCAUCGCUGACACAGUACUUUGAAGCUUUCGUCUGUGAGAGUGCCAAGGCUGGACAGCUGAUUCAGACAGUGACGGCAAUAGACCCAGAUGAUCCUCUGGGAGGUCAGCACUUCUACUACAGCCUGGCACCAGAGGCUGCUAACAACCCCAACUUCACCCUCAGAGACAAUCAAGACAACACAGCAUGGAUCCUGACGCGGCGUGGGGGCUGGUCUCAGCAGGACCAGUCAGUCUACUACCUUCCUAUCUUUAUCUCAGACAGAGAGCUGCCGGUCCAGACCAGCACCAGCACUCUGACUAUCCGUGUGUGUAGCUGCGAUGUGGAGGGCAACGUUAUGUCCUGUAAUGCUGAGGCCUACCACCUACCGGCUAGUCUGAGCAGAGGGGCACUCAUCGCCAUACUGGCAUGUAUCUUUGUGAUGCUCGUGAUGAUCCUGCUCAUGUUGUCCCUCCGGAGCCACCGUAAGAAGCCCUACCUGCACGAUGAGGAAGACAACGUCCACGAGAACAUCGUCCGCUACGAUGACGAGGGGGGCGGAGAGGAGGACACCGAGGCCUUCGACAUCGCUGCCAUGUGGAACCCCCACGAGGCCCACCUAGUGGGGAAGCAACGUCAGGACAUGCUGCCCGAAAUCGAGAGCCUUUCACGCUACGUUCCCCUUGCAUGUGUGGGCUGGCCAGGGAGUGUUUGUGUUGGUGGAGACAGCAACGUGCAGGGGUAUGUGCUAUCCAAGCUCCUGGAGGCGGAUUUGGACACCUGCGCCCCACCUUACGACUCCCUACAGACCUACGCCUACGAGGGGGAGGGAUCGGUGGCUGAGUCCCUGAGCUCGCUGCAGUCUGUGUGCUCCAAUACUGAUCACGAGUAUGAUUAUCUCAAUGACUGGGGGCCCAGGUUUAAGAAACUGGCAGAGAUGUACGGGGUUCUGGAGACAAGCAACCCUCCCAUGUGGUAG